AUGGAUCAGUGUGAGGACAGAGAGGAGGGAGUCYCUCCCUCUAMAACCACUCUGUGUGGGGAAGAUGAGAGCCRGAGCAAAGGUCAGAGACUGAACAGAGCAGCUCAGCCUGGUUCAGUGUUUCUUCCAGACAGCAAGUCAGUGAUGCAGAAGCAGCUGAGUGACAGCAGCCUGUUGUUACUGAAGGACAACAUUGUCACUUUUGUGACGAAAGAGCUGAAGAAGAUCCAGAAGGUUUUGAGUCCAGAUGACCCAGAAUGGUCAGCGUGUGAAAGAGAUGAUGAGGAGUUGGAAGGUGAGAAUGAAGAGCAGAGGAGAAGCAGCAGAGAGGCAGUGAUGAAGAUCACACUGAACUUCCUGAGGAGGAUGAAGCAGGAGGGGCUGGUUGAACAACUCCAGAGAAUUACCUUUUUAUUGUCAUUCUUCAGACUGAGUAACUGCAACCUCUCAGAGAGAAGCUGUGAAGCUCUGUCCUCAGUUCUCAAGUCCCAGUCCUCCAGUCUCAGAGAACUGAACCUGAAAAACAACAGUUUGAAGGAUUCGGGAGUGAAGCUUCUAUCUGAUGGACUAAAGAGUCCAUACUGCAAACUAGAGAAACUAACCUUGUCAGGCUGCCUGAUCACAGAAGAUGGCUGUGCUUCUCUGGUAUCAGCACUCAAAUCAAACCCCCAUCACCUUCAAGAGUUGGAUUUGAGCUACAAUCACCCAGGUGACUCAGGAGUGAAUAUGCUUUUGGCUGGACUGAAAGAUCCACAAUGGAGACUUGAAACGCUAAGGGUGGAGCCUGCUGGUAACCGAUAUUUAAAACCAGGUCCAUGGAGGUAUGCAUGUCAGCUGACAUUUGACCGAGACACAAUAAACCAAAACUUCUAUCUGUCAAACGACGACAGGAAGGUGACAGAUAUGCAGGAGGCUCGCUCAUAUACUGAUGAUGUAGACAGAAGAAAUAUUCCUCAGCUGCUGUGUAGAAAUGCUAUCAAUGGUUGUUGUUAUUGGGAGGUUGAGUGGAGAGGACAAAUAGAGAUAUCAGUAACUUAUCGAGGAAUCCGAAGGAGAGGACUUACUAAUAACUCUGUGUGUGGAAAGAGUGAUGAUUCCUGGAGUUUGAGCUGCUCUGAUGACGGUUACACUGUCAGUCAUUAUAAGAACAGGAAACUCCUUUCAUCAUCCUCUUUUUCCAUUGUCUCUAACAGGGUAGCGGUGUAUGUGGACUGUCCUGCUGGCAGCUUGUCAUUUUACAGAGUUUCCUCCGACUCUCUGAUCCACAUCCACACCUUCAACACCACAUUCACUGAUACCUUGUAUCCUGGAUUUACAGUCCUACCAGGUUCCUCAGUGUUACUGUGUUGAGUAUUAAUUUCUUACCUAUCGUACUUGAUGGUUGACAUACAAAUUGUUAAUUUGUUUUCGAGUCAAGUUACUGCAGUUGUGACAUAUUUAGGUUUAGAGGUCCAAAUGAGUGACACUCCUUCCUCAGCCAAGUCUUUGCUGAAAAUGUUGUCAGGGUGAUUUAUAAAUGAAAAUAC